UGGAAGAGUCCAUUAGUCAUGGCCAAGGCGGGGAGUUCACCACGCCAGAGUGCGGACCUGGCUGCCCGCUGCGCAGAGGACGGCCUGCUGCCAGGACCGUCACCCCCGCUCAGCCGAUCAGGUGAGCCCAGCCAGGGGCCAGAGUCCUAUUGGAGUAGAGGAGCGCUAGGGGGAGGGGAGAGGAUGAAGUCUUACGCUAGAAGGCACAGUGCGGGAAAGGAUUAGCGGCGGAGGAGGACGAGGACUUUGCAGAGGGGCAACGCUGGGUAUGAAGGGAGGCCCCGCACCAGCGGGGACCAAAGGACACGCAGAUGUCGAUGACCUCAGAGCCAGGGAUGACCUCUUCAUUUUUAUUAGUAUAUCUGUCAGCCUUGUUCAUCUCUUUUGUAUUUGGAGAAGCAGAAAUAAGAUUCACUGGACAGACAGAGUUUUUCGUUAAUGAGACGAGUACCACAGUCAUUCGUCUUGUCAUCGAGAGGAUAGGAGAGCCAGCAAAUGUUACUGCCAUUGUGUCGCUGAAUGGAGAAGACACCGGUGACUUUUUUGAUACAUAUGCUGCCGCAUUUAUCCCUGCCGGAGGAACGAACAGGACAGUGUACAUAGCAGUUUGUGAUGACGAUCUUCCAGAGCCCGAUGAAACUUUCACUUUUCACUUGACAUUACAGAAACCCUCAGCAAAUGUGAAACUUGGAUGGCCAAGGGCUGCUUCCGUGACAAUCCUAUCAAAUGACAAUGCAUUUGGAAUUAUUUCCUUUAGCACGCCCUCAUCAAUCUCAGUGAUUGAACCAAGGAACAGAAAUGCAUCGGUACCUCUUACUCUCAUCAGGGAAAAAGGGACCUAUGGAAUGGUUACCGUGACUUUUGAUGUAUCAGGUGGUCCAAAUCCCCCUGAGGAAGAUUUGAAUCCAGUGAGAGGAAAUAUCAGCUUUCCACCUGGCAGAGCAACCAUAAUUUACAACUUGACCAUACUUGAUGAUGAGGUACCAGAAAAUGAUGAGCUGUUUUUGAUUCAGCUGAGAAGUGUAGAAGGAGGAGCAGAGAUUAAUGCCUCUAGGAGUUCAGUUGAAAUCAUUGUGAAGAAAAAUGACAGUCCUGUGAACUUCAUGCAGAGCAUUUACCUGGUUCCAGAGGACGACCACGUACUCACUAUUCCAGUGGUUCGUGGGAAGGAUAAUGAUGGAAAUCUCAUCGGAUCUGACGAAUCCCAAGUGUCCGUCAGAUACAAAGUUAUGACUAGGGAUUCAACAGCACAUGCCCAGCAAAACAUUGACUUCAUUGAUCUUCAGCCGGAUACUACUCUUGUCUUUCCUCCUUUUGUUCAUGAAUCACACCUGAAAUUUCAGAUAAUUGACGACCUCAUACCAGAGAUAGCCGAGUCAUUUCACAUUACCUUACUAAAGAACACCUUGCAGGGAGAUGCUGUGCUAAUGGUCCCUUCUACGGUACAGGUCACCAUUAAGCCAAAUGACAAGCCGUAUGGAGUUCUUUCAUUCAAUAGUAUUUUGUUUGAAAGGCCAGUUAUAAUUGAUGAAGAUACAGAAUCCAGAUUUGAAGAAAUUACAGUGGUUAGAAAUGGUGGCACACACGGGAAUGUCUCUGUGAGCUGGGUGUUGACACGGAACAGCAGUGAUCCCUCACCAGUGACUGCAGACAUCAGCCCUGCUUCCGGGACUCUGCAGUUCGCACAAGGGCAGAUGCUGGCCCCAAUUGCUCUCGUGGUCUUUGACGAUGAUCUUCCAGAAGAAGCUGAGGCUUACCUACUUACAAUCUUGCCUCACACCCUACAAGGAGGCGCUGAAGUGAGCGAGCCAGCACAGCUCCUGUUCUACAUUCAGGACAGCGAUGAUGUUUAUGGAGAGAUAGCCUUUUUUCCUGUGGAAAGCCAGAAGAUUGAAAGCAGCCCUAGUGAGCGAUCCUUAUCCUUGAGUUUUACGAGACGUGGGGGAAGUAAAGGAGAUGUGAAGGUGAUUUAUUCUGCACUUUAUAUUCCUGCUGGAGCUGUGGACCCCUUGAGAGCAAAAGAUGGCAUCUUAAAUACAUCCAGGAGAAGCAGCCUAUUAUUCCCAGAACAUACCCAUCAAGUCACCACAAAAUUACCAAUAAGGAAUGAUGCAUUCCUCCAGAAUGGGGCCCACUUCCUAGUGCAGUUGGAAGCUGUGAUGUUGGUGAACAUAUUUCCUCUGAUUCCAUCAGUAAGUCCCAGAUUUGGGGAAAUCAGAAAUAUUUCAUUACUGGUUACUCCAGCCAUUGCAAAUGGUGAAAUUGGUUUUCUUAGCAACCUUCCAAUCAUUUUGCAUGAACCCAAAGAUUCUGCUGCUGAGAUGGUAUGUAUCCCCCUGCAUCGAGAUGGGACUGAUGGCCAGGCUACUGUGUACUGGAGUUUGCAGCCCUCUGGCUUUAAUUCAAAAGCAGUAACUGUGGAUGAUACAGGUCCCUUUAAUGGCUCUGUUGUGUUUUUAUCUGGACAAAGCGACACAUCCAUCAACAUUACUGUCAAAGGAGAUGACAUACCGGAGUUGAAUGAAACUGUAACCCUUUCUCUAGACAGGGUGAGUGUGGACAGUGAUGUCCUAAAAUCAGGCUAUACUAGCCGAGACUUGAUUAUUUUGGAAAAUGAUGACCCCGGAGGCAUUUUUGAAUUUUCUUAUGAUUCUAGAGGACCCUAUGUUAUAAAAGAAGGAGAUGCUGUGGAGCUCCGAAUUACUCGAUCCAGGGGCUCGCUUGUUAAACAGUUCCUCCGCUUUCACGUGGAACCCCGAGAGAGCAAUGAAUUCUACGGAAACACGGGGGUGCUGGAAUUCACUCCAGGAGAAAGGGAAGUAGUGAUCACCCUACUCACCAGACUGGAUGGCACGCCAGAGUUGGACGAGCACUUCCGGGUGGUCCUCAGCAGCCAUGGCGAAAGGGAGAGCAAGCUAGGCAGUGCUACCCUUGUCAACAUAACAAUUCUAAAAAACGACGAUCCUCAUGGGAUUGUAGAAUUUGUUUCCGAUGGUUUGACUGCAUCGAUAAAAGAAAGCAAAGGGGAGGAUGUCUAUCAUGCUGUUUAUGGUGUAAUACGAACCCGAGGCCACUUUGGUGCUGUUAAUGUAUCAUGGGUGAUUAGUCCAGACUUUACGCAAGAUGUGUUUCCUGUGCAAGGAACUGUUUGUUUUGAAGAUCAAGAAUUUUUUAAAAACAUCACUGUUUACUCCCUCGUAGAUGAAAUUCCAGAAGAGAUGGAGGAAUUCACCAUUCUCCUACUUAAUGCCACUGGAGGAGCUCAAAUAGGAAACAGGACAACUGCCUUCCUGAGGAUUCUAAGGAAUGAUGACCCCAUUUACUUUGCAGAGCCUUGUGUUGUGAGGGUCCAGGAGGGUGAGACUGCCAACUUUACAGUUCUCAGAAAUGGAUCUGUUGACGUGGCCUGCACUGUUCAAUAUGCUACUAUGGAUGGAAAGGCUUCAGGAGGAGAGGGAGACUUUGUUCCUUUUGAGAAAGAAGAAACCCUUGUGUUUGAAGUCGGAAGCAGAGAGCAGAGUAUAUCUGUAUAUGUCAAUGACGAUGGAAUCCCAGAAACAGAUGAGCCUUUUUAUAUAAUCCUGUUCAAUUCAACAGGUGACACAGUAGUUUAUGAGUAUGGGAUAGCUACAGUCAUAAUUGAAGCCAAUGAUGACCCAAAUGGUGUUUUCUCUCUGGAGCCCAUAGACAAAGCGGUGGAAGAAGGAAAGACAAAUGCAUUUUGGAUUUUACGGCACCGAGGCCACUUCGGCAAUGUCUCUGUGACUUGGCAGCUGUUCCAGAAUGCUUCUCUGAAGCCUGGACAAGAGUUCUAUGAAACAUCGGGGACUGUUAACUUCACAGACGGAGAAGAAACUAAAGCAGUAACUCUCCGUGCAUUCCCAGAUAGGAUUCCUGAAUUCAAUGAAUUUUAUAUUCUAAGACUUGUAAAUAUUUCAGGUCCCGGAGGCCAACUAGCUGAAACCAACCUUCAGGUGACAGUCAUGAUUCCAUUCAAUGAUGAUCCAUUUGGGAUUUUCAUCUUAGAUCCAGGGUGUCUAGAGAGAGAAGUGGCUGAAGACGUCCUCUCAGACGACGACAUGUCUUAUAUUACCAGCUUCACCAUUUUGCGACAACAGGGUGCCUUUGGUGAUGUACGGCUUGGCUGGGAGGUACUGUCCAGAGAGUUCUCUGAUGGCCUUCCACCAAUGAUCGACUUUCUGCUGCUGGGAGUUUUUCCAAGCACUGUGCCUUUGCAGCCACAUAUGCGACGUCACCACAGUGGAACCGAUGUCCUGUACUUCAGUGGACUAGAGGGUGCCUUUGGGACUGUGGAUCCCAAGUACCAGCCCUCCAGGAAUAACACAAUUGCCAACUUUACAUUUUCAGCUUGGGUGAUGCCUAAUGCCAAUACGAAUGGAUUUCUCAUGGCCAAGGAUGACAGUCAUGGCAGCAUCUACUAUGGGGUAAAAAUCCAAACAAAUGAAACCCACCUGACUCUUUUCCUUCAUUAUAAAACUUCUGGAUCAAAUGUUACAUAUAUUGCCAAGAGCACUGUCAUAAAAUAUUUAGAAGAAGGUGUUUGGCUUCAUGUUUUAAUCAUCUUAGAUGAUGGCAUAAUUGAAUUCUAUCUGGACGGAAAUGCAAUGCCCAGAGGCAUAAAGAGUCUGAAAGGAGAAGCCAUUACUGAUGGUCCUGGGAUCCUGAGAAUUGGGGCAGGGAUGGAUGGUGGUGACAGAUUCACAGGUUGGAUGCAGGAUGUGAGGACCUAUGAGCGCAAACUGACUCCCGAAGAGAUUUACGAACUUCAUGCUAUGCCUGCAAGGAAUGAUUUACACCCGAUUUCUGGGUAUCUGGAGUUCAGACAAGGAGAAACUAACAAGUCAUUCAUUAUUGCUGCAAGAGAUGACAGUGAGGAGGAAGGAGAAGAAUUAUUCCUUCUUAAACUGGUCUCUGUGUAUGGCGGGGCUCAGAUUUCUGAGGAAAAUAGUACUGCUCGGCUAAGGAUACAGAAAAGUGACAAUGCCAAUGGCCUGUUUGGCUUCACUGGAGCUUGUAUACCAGAGAUGACAGAAGAGGGGUCCACCGUUUCCUGUGUGGUAGAGCGAACCAGGGGAGCUCUGGGUUACGUUCAUGUUUUCUACACCGUUUCCCAGAUCGAGUCAGAAGGCAUCAAUUACCAUGUUGAUGAUUUUGCUAAUGCAAGUGGCACUAUCACCUUCCUGCCUUGGCAGAGGUCUGAGGUCCUGAAUCUAUAUGUUCUUGAUGAGGACAUUCCUGAGCUAAAUGAGUAUUUCCGGGUGACAUUGGUGUCUGCAGUUCCAGGAGAUGGAAAACUUGGUUCAACUCCCACCAGUGGUGCCAGCAUAGAUCCUGAGAAGGAAACCACAGACAUCACUGUCAGAGCUAGUGACCAUCCUUAUGGCUUGAUGCAGUUCUCCACAGGGUUGCCUCCUCAGCCUGAAGAUGCAGCGAGCCUGCCUGCCAGCACUGUGCCACACAUCACAGUGCAGGAAGAGGAUGGGGAGAUCCGUUUACUGGUCAUUCGUGCGCAAGGGCUCCUUGGCCGUGUGACUGUAGGAUUUAGAACAGAAUCACUGACAGCAUUUAGUCCAGAGGACUACCAGGGUAUUGCUGGCACAUUAGAAUUUCAAUCAGGAGAAAGAUAUAAAUAUAUUUUUGUCAACAUCACUGAUAAUUCCAUCCCUGAACUGGAAAAAUCUUUUAAAGUUGAGUUGUUAAACUUGGAUGGAGGAGUGUCUGAACUCUUUAGGGUUGAUGGCAGUGGCAGUGGAGAAGGGGACACGGAUUUCUUCCUUCCACCUGUUGUCACGCAUGCCAGUCUAGGAGUAGCUUCCCAGAUUCUGGUGACCAUUGCUGCCUCCGACCAUGCUCAUGGGGUGUUUGAAUUCAGCCCUGAGUCGCUCUUUGUCAGUGGAACUGAACCAGAGGAUGGAUAUAGUACUGUCAUAUUAAAUGUCACACGGACUCAGGGAGCUCUGUCUCCAGUGACUUUGCAAUGGAAGGUAGACUCUGACCCAGAUGGGGAUCUCGCCGUCACAUCUGGCAACAUCACAUUUGAGAUUGGGCAGAGGAUUGCCUCCAUCACUGUGGAAAUAUUACCAGAUGAAGAGCCAGAGCUCGACAAGGCACUCACUGUAUGGAUCCUCAAUGUGUCCAGUGGCUCCUUGGGAGUUCUUACAAAUGCCACAUUGACAAUUUUGGCUAGUGACGAUCCUUAUGGGGUGUUCAUUUUUCCUAACAAAACUAGACCUAUGAGUGUUGAAGAAGCAAACCAGAAUGUCACAUUAUCGAUAAUAAGGUUGAAAGGCCUCAUGGGAGAAGUUGCAAUCUCAUAUGCAACCAUAGAUGAUAUGGAAAAACCACCAUAUUUCCCACCUAAUUUAGCUAGAGCCACUCAAGGAGGAGAUUACAUAUCAGCCUCUGGAUUGGCUCUUUUCAGGGCUAAUCAGACCGAGGCAUCAAUCACUAUUUCAAUCCUGGAUGAUGAUGAACCAGAACAGUCAGAAUCUGUGUUCAUUGAACUGUUCAAUUCUUCCUUAGUAGACAAAGUACAGAGUCGCCCAAUCUCGCAUUCUCCACGCCUUGGGCCUAAGGUGGAGACUGUGGCCCACCUCAUUAUUGUUGCCAAUGAUGAUGCAUUUGGAACUGUACAGCUGUCUGCAUCGACUGUUCAUGUAGCAGAAAAUCAUGUUGGACCCAUUAUCAAUGUGACUCGAACAGGAGGAACAUUUGCAGAUGUUUCUGUUAAGUUUAAAGCUGUGCCAAUAACCGCAGCAGCAGGUGAGGAUUAUAGUAUAGCGUCCUCAGACGUGGUCUUGCUGGAAGGGGAAACCACUAAAGCUGUGCCAAUAUAUAUCAUUAAUGACAUCUACCCUGAGCUGGAAGAAACCUUUCUUGUGCAGCUACUGAAUGAGACGACAGGCGGAGCCACGCUGGGGCCUCUAAGAGAGGCGGUCAUUACCAUAGAGGCUUCUGAUGACCCCUAUGGACUGUUUGGUUUUCAGAAUACUAAAUUUAUUGUAGAGGAACCUGAGUUUAACUCAGUGAGGGUAAACGUGCCAAUAAUUCGAAAUUCUGGGACACUCGGCAAUGUUACUGUUCAAUGGGUUGCCAUCAUUAAUGGACAGCUUGCUACUGGCGACCUGCGAGUUGUCUCAGGUAAUGUGACCUUUGCCCCUGGGGAAACCAUUCAAACCUUGUUGUUAGAGGUCCUGGCUGACGACGUUCCGGAGAUUGAAGAGGUUGUCCAGGUGCAACUAGCUGCUGCCUCUGGCGGAGGUACAAUUGGGUUAGAUCGAGUAGUGAAUAUUGUUAUACCUGCCAAUGAUAACCCUUAUGGCUCAGUAGCCUUUGUUCAGUCCAUUUAUCGUGUCCAAGAGCCUCUGGAGAGAAGUUCCUAUGCUAACAUAACUGUCAGGAGAAGCGGAGGACACUUUGGUCGCCUGCUGUUAGUCUACAGUACUUCUGAUAUUGAUGUAGUGGCUCUUGCAGUUGAGGAAGGUGAGGAUGUAUUAUCCUACUAUGAGUCACCAACUCAAGAGAUGCCCGACCCACUCUGGAGAACUUGGGUGAACAUGUCUGCAGUGGAGGAGACACAGUAUACCUGUGCCACUUUGUGUCUCAAGGAACAUGCCUGCUCAGCGUUUUCAGUUGUCAGUGGUGCCGACCGUCCUCAGUGCUUCUGGAUGACUUCAUGGGUCAGCUUAACUGUGAACAGCUCAGACUUCCAAACCUACAAGAAGAACAUGACUAGGGUGGCCUCUCUUUUUAGUGGCCAGGCAGUUGCUGGUAGUGACUAUGAGCCUGUGACAAGGCAGUGGGCUGUGAUGCUAGAAGGUGAUGAGUUUGCAAAUCUUACUGUUUCUGUACUUCCUGAUGAUGUUCCCGAGAUGGAUGAAAGUUUCCUAAUUUCUCUCUUUGAAGUUCACCUUAUGAACAUCUCAGACAGUUUUAAAAACCAGCCAACCAUAGGACAUCCGAAUUCUUCUGCUGUGGUCAUAGGACUGAAUGGCGAUGCCUUUGGAGUAUUCAUGAUCUACAGUGUUAGUCCAAAUACCUCGGAAGAUGGCUUAUGUGUGGAAGUGCAGGAACAGCCACAAACCUCAGUGGAACUGGUUAUCCACAGGACAGGAGGCAGCCUGGGGCAGGUGAUGGUUGAAUGGCGCAUUGUUGGUGGAACAGCUACUGAAGGUUUAGAUUUUAUAGGUGCCGGAGACAUUCUUACUUUUGCAGAAGGUGAAACCAAAAAGACGGCCAUUUUAAACAUUUUGGAUGACUCUGAGCCAGAGGACGAUGAAAGUGUCCUUGUCCGUCUGGUGGCCACCGAGGGUGGAAGCAGAAUCCUGCCCAGCUCAGACACCGUGACAGUCAACAUCUUGGCAAAUGACAAUGUGGCAGGAAUUGUCAGCUUUCAGACAGCUUCCAGAUCUGUCAUAGGCCACGAAGGAGAAAUGCUGCAGUUCCAUGUGAUAAGAACACCCCCAGGUCGAGGGAAUGUCACUGUCAACUGGAAAGUUCUUGGACAAAAUCUAGAAGUCAAUUUUGCUAACUCUACGGGCCAACUCUUCUUCUCUGAGGGUACGUUGAAUAAAACAAUAUUUGUACAUUUGUUGGAUGACAAUAUUCCUGAGGAGAAAGAAGUAUACCAGGUUGUUCUGUAUGAUGUCAAGACGCAAGGAGUCUUACCAGCAGGAGUUGCUCUGCUUGAUGCCCAGGGAUAUGCAGCUGUGCUGACAGUCGAAGCCAGCGAUGAGCCACAUGGCGUUUUAAACUUUGCUCUCUCCUCAAGAUUUGUUGUGCUCCAGGAAGCUAAUGUAACAAUUCAGCUCUUCGUCAACAGAGAGUUCGGAUCUCUAGGAGCCAUCAAUGUCACAUAUGCCACUGUUCCUGGAAUAGUAAGCCUGAAAAACGACACCGAAGGAAACCCAGCAGAGCCAGAGGCUGACUUCGUCCCUGUGGUGGGCUUUCUGGUUUUAGAGGAAGGGGAAACAACGGCAGCCAUCAGUAUCACUGUCCUCGAGGAUGAUAUACCAGAGCUAAAAGAAUAUUUCUUGGUGAAUUUAACUCAUGUUGAUCUCAUUAUGGCUCCUCUGACUUCAUCUCCUCCCAGACUAGAUUCAGAAGGCUUGACUGCACAGAUUAUCAUAGAUGCCAAUGAUGGUGCCCAAGGUGUGAUUGAAUGGCAACGUAGCAGAUAUGAAGUGAAUGAAACCCAUGGCAUUGUAACACUGGUAGCGCAGAGGAGCCGAGUGGCCCUUGGCCAGGUGUCCUUAUUUAUGUAUGCCCAGAAUCUAGAGGCUCAGAUGGGGCUGGAUUACAUUUGCACUCCACAGAUUCUUCAUUUUGCUGAUGGAGAAAGGUUUAAGCAUGUGGACGUUGUGAUUCUGGAUGAUGACAUUCCAGAAGGAGAUGAAAGAUUUCAGUUGAUAUUAACAAAUCCUUCUCCUGGACUAGAGCUGGGGAAAAAUUCCAUAGCUUUGAUUACUGUCCUUGCCAAUGACGAUGGUCCUGGAGUUCUGUCCUUUAACAACAGUGGGCACAUAUUCCUCAGGGAACCGACAUCUCUCUACGUGCAGGAGAGUGUAGCAGUCUUAAUCAUUGUUCGGGAGCCAGCCCAAGGUCUAUUUGGAACGGUGGCAGUUCAGUUUGCUGUGACAGAAGCCAACUCCUCAACUGAAUCUAAGGAUCUGGCUCCUUCCAAGGGCUUCAUUGUUCUAGAGGAGGGCGUUCGCUACAAGGCCCUGCACAUCUCUGCCAUAUUAGACACGGAACCAGAAAUGGACGAGCAUUUUGUCUGCACCCUGUUUAAUCCAACAGGAGGUGCUAGACUAGGAGCCCAUGUUCAAACCUUGAUAACAGUUUUGCAAAACCAGGCUCCUUUGGGACUAUUCAGUAUCUCUGCUGUUGAAAAUAGGGCUACUUCUAUAGAUGUUGAAGAAUCCAACAGGAGUGUGUACCUCAAUGUGUCACGUACAAAUGGCCUUGAUUUGGCUGUGAGUGUACAGUGGGAGACAGUAUCUGAAACAGCUUUUGGCAUGAGGGGAAUGGACGUUGUCUUUUCAAUAUUUCAAAGUUUUUUUGGUGAGACAGCAUUAGACUGGUGUUUCUUUCAUGUUGAAGAUUCAGUUUAUGGUGUGAUGUUAAGAAAAUCCUCAGUAGUUGUUUAUCGAUGGCAAGGGACUUUUGUUCCAGUUGAGGACUUAAAUGUAGAAAGUCCUAAAGCUUGUGAGGCCUUUACUAUUGGUGUUUCCCCAUAUCUUGUGAUUACUCAUGGGGAAAGAAAUGGAGAAAAGCCUUCCAUUAACAGUGUGUACAUGCUCACUUCUGGAUUCAGAUUAUUCCUGGUACAGACAAUUGUUAUUUCGGGAAGUUGUCAAGUAAGACAUUUCACCUCAGAUAGUCAAGACUACUUCAUCAUUGCAAGUCAAAGAAAUGAUUCUGAAUUAACUCAGGUUUUCAGAUGGAAUGGAAACAACUUUGCCUGGCAUCAGACAUUGCCUGUCCAAGGUGUACUGGGCAUGGCCUUGUUCAGCAGGGGAGACUCUGUCUUCUUAGCCAUUUCUCAAGCUAACAUCAGACGAACCCCCCUGUUAUUUAUGUGGUCUGGUAGUCAGUUUAUUAACUUUCAAGAACUGUCCAUCAGUGGGAUAACACAAGUUGAGGCUCUGUCUUCGGGCGAUGAUUUUUACUUAUUUUUUGCCAAAAAUACAUUUCUAGGAAGUCAGAAUGCAAUCGACAUUUUCGUCUGGGAGAUGGGACAGUCAUCUUUGAGAUAUUUCCAAUCCCUUGACUUUGAUGCUGUUAACAGAAUCCGUUCCUUCACACCAGCUUCUGGAAUAGUCCACAUACUUCUAACUGCCCAAGACCGGUCUGCUCUUUACUGCUGGAACUCAGAGCUGAAUGCCUUCUCUUUCGUUCUGGAGGUGCCUGCUGCACGUGAUGCAGCUUUUGUUACAGUGAAGUCACUUAAUUCAAGCAAGACUUUAAUUGCUUUAGUGGGAGCUACUGACUCCCAUUUAUAUGACCUGACCUACGUCUCCAGCCAGUCUGACUUUAUUCCUAGUUUAGGCGAACUGAUAUUUGAACCCGGCGACAAGGAAGCAAUCAUAGCAGUAAAUGUCCUUGAUGACACAGUUCCUGAAGAAGAAGAAUCCUUCAGAGUUCAGCUUAAAAACCCAAGAGGAGGAGCAGAGAUUGGCAGUAACAGUUAUGUGAGAGUCACUGUUCUCUCCAAUGAUGAUGCCUAUGGAGUUGUAGCAUUUGCCCAGAACUCAUUGCAGAAACAGUUGGAGGAAUUGGAGCGAGAUAGCCUGGUAACCCUGAAUGUUGAACGCUCGAAAGGAACGCACGGCCGCAUAACUGUAUUAUGGGAAGCAGCCGGAAGUGUCAGUGAUGUAUUUCCCACCUCAGGAGUGAUUUCAUUCGCAGAGGACCAGGCACUGUCUACAAUCACUCUGACUGUCCUUGCGGAUGAUCUGCCAGAAUUAUCUGAGGCUGUCGUUGUAUCACUUACCCGGAUUGUCACAGAAGGGGUCGAGGACCCAUCAAAAGGUGCCACAAUUGACCAGAGCAGAAGCAAGUCUGUGCUGACCAUCCUGCCCAGUGACUCACCCUAUGGUGUGGUUAGCUGGCACACCGAGUCUCUCUUCACUAGAGUGCCAGAGCCCACAGGGAAUAUCACUGUUGUUCAGUUACAUAUUAUUCGAGACAAAGGACUAUUUGGGGACAUAUCCAUUCACUUGAUAGCAAAACCUAAUUUCUUAUUACACAUCAAUAAUCAAGCUACUGAGAAUGAAGAUUUUGUGUUGCAAGACUCAGUAAUAAUAAUGAAAGAAAACAUAAAAGAAACUCAUGCUGAAGUUGCCAUUUUACCAGAUGAAGUUCCUGAGCUGGACGAAGGACUCAUUGUCACCAUCGCUGCAAUGAACCUGGUGAACCCCAACUUCCCUGCAGAGCAGCCCCGUGUGCGGAGGCCAAGGAUGGAAUCAGCAGAGAUAAUGAUUGAAGAAAAUGAUGAUCCCAGGGGGAUUUUUAACUUUCAUGUUGUCAGAGAUGUUGGUGGAGUCAUUACUGCUCAUGAGGGGCCUCCGCCUUUGAAUGUUCUUCAAGUUUCUGUUGUCCGGAUGGCUGGAAGCUUUGAGACAGUGAAUGUUUAUUGGAAAGCAACACCAGACAGUGCCAGCCUGAAGGACUUUGAACCGCCUCAUGGGAUGCUCCAAUUUGCUGAUGGACAGGUCAUUGCACCAAUACACAUAACUAUAGUUGAUGAUACUGAGUUUGAGCUCUUGGAAACAUUCAGCAUCUCUUUAGUGAACGUGACUGGUGGUGGCCGACUAGGAGAUGAUGUUUUGGUGAAUGUUGUCAUACCACCGAAUGAUUCGCCCUUUGGAAUGUUUGGAUUUCAAGAGAAAACUGUAAUGAUUGAUGGAUCCCUUUUGUCUGAUGACCCUGAUUCAUAUGUGACACUGACUGUCGUCCGGUCCCCAGGAGGAAAAGGAGCUGUCCGACUUCACUGGGCUAUUGAAGAGAAGGCCAAAGAAGACCUCAGUCCUUUGAAUGGGACACUAUAUUUUGAUGAGACUGACUCCCAGAAGUCUGUUAUAUUGCACACACUUCAAGACAGCAUGCUGGGGGAAGACAGACGCUUCACCAUUGAGUUAAUAGCUGCUGACGAGGUAGAAAUAUCUCCAAUGAAAGGUAGUGCAUCAGUCAUCAUUCGAGGAGAUAAGAGCAUAUCAGAAGUUGGAAUUGCUCCAUCAUCUAGACACAUCAUUAUUGGGGAACCCUCAGCCACAUACAACGGCACUGCCAUCAUCAUCCUUGUUCGUGGCCCAGAGGUUUCGGGGGACAUCACAGUGGGCUGGAGGAUACUGCCUCCUUCCAGGGGGGAGUUUGUUGAAACAUCAGGACAACUGACAAUGCUGGAUGGACAGUCUACUGCCACAGUAGUAAUUCAGGCUUUGAAUGAUGAUAUCCCAGAGGAGAAGUAUUAUUAUGAGUUUCAGCUCACUGGAAUCAGUGAGGGUGGGAUGCUGAAUGAAGCCAGCGUCACUGCUCGCAUCACCAUGGUGGCCAGUGACGCUCCCUAUGGCCAGUUCUCGUUUUCACAUGAGCAGCUUCACGUCUCAGAAGCAGCACAGAGGGUUAACGUCACAGUUGUCCGCUCGGGUGGCUCCUUUGGACGUGUACGGGUCUUGUAUGAGACAGGUAGCGGGACGGCUGAGGCAGGCUGGGACUUUGUUCCCACUUCAGGAGAGCUGCUCUUUGAAGCCAGAGAGAGGAUGAAAAGUCUGCACAUUGAAAUCCUUGAUGACAACCUUCCUGAAGGCCCUGAGGAAUUCGUUCUUGCCAUUACAAGAGUGGACCUCCAGGGAAGAGGGUAUGAUUUUACCAUCCAAGAAAAUGGACUUCAGAUAGAUCAACCUCCUGAAACUGGGAACAUCUCCAUUGUUCGAAUCAUAAUAAUGAAAAAUGAUAAUGCAGAAGGCAUCAUUGAAUUUGAUCCAAAGUUCACUGACAUCUCAGUGGAGGAAGAUGCUGGCGUGAUCACCCUCCCUGUCCUCAGGCUUCGUGGAACUUACGGCCGUGUGUCAGCUGAUUUCAGCUCCCGGGGCUUCUCUGCAGAUCCAGGAGGCUAUGCACUGCAUGGUAGCUCAGUCGCCUUUCAGCAUGGGCAGAACCUAAGCUUUAUAAAUGUCUCCAUCAUCGAUGACAAUGAAAGUGAAUUUGAGAAGCAGUUUGAAAUUCUGCUCGUUGGAGCUACGGGUGGAGCAAUCCUUGGGCGCCACCUAGUGAGCAAAAUCACCAUUGCCAAAAGUGACUCUCCCUUUGGCAUCAUAAGAUUUCUCAACCAAAGCAAAAUUUCUGUUCCUAACCCCAAUUCCACAAUGGCUUUGCACUUGGUGCUGGAGCGGACUGGAGGACUCUUGGGAGAGAUUCAGGUGAGCUGGGAGGUAGUAGGGCCCAAUUCUGAGGAGCCGUUACCACCACUCAAUGGAGACUUUGCAGACCCAGUGAGUGGGACUGUCUCUUUUGGAGACGGAGAAGGUGGUAUGAGAAGCAUCAUCCUCGGAGUUUGUCCUCAUGAAGAAACGGAAGCCGAGGAGACUUUCAUUGUUCAGCUUAAGCCUUUGAAAGAAGCUAAGUUAGAUCCCAGAGCUAAAGCUGUUAUACUAACAAUACAGAGGUUUGGGGAUCCGAAUGGAGUCAUUCAUUUUGCUCCUGAGUCUUUAUCUAAGAGAAGGUUCUCAGAGCCACCACCGUCAGACAGACCCAUGCUCAUAUCCUUCCUUGUCACAAGGUCCAAAGGCACCUCUGGAGACAUCACGGUGCACUGGGAGCUAAGCAGUGAGUUUGACAUCACGGGAGACUUUCUUUCCACACGAGGAUUUUUCACCAUUGCUGAUGGAGAGAGUGAAGCAAGCCUUGAUGUCCAUUUACUGCCAGAUGACGUCCCUGAGAUAGAGGAAGAAUACGUUGUCCAGCUUGUUUCUGUAGAGGGAGGUGCAGAACUAGACCUGGGAAGGUGCACCGCAAAGUUCUCUGUGUCUGCCAAUGAUGACCCGCAUGGCGUAUUUGCCCUGUAUUCAGAUCGGCAGUCAGUACUGAUAGGGCAGAACCUUGUUAGAUCCAUCCAGAUUAACGUCACCCGGCUUGCUGGAGUGCUUGGUGCUGUGGCUGUCAGAGUUCAAAUACUGUCUGAUAAUAAAGAAGACCCAGUGGCUACUGAAAAUGAAGAGAGACAGCUGGUGAUCAACAAUGGUGCCAGAUAUAAAGUAGGCUUGGUGCCCUUGAAGAAUCAGGUCUUCCUACCCCUGGGCUCUAAUUUUAGCCUGCAGUUGGUGUCAGCAAAGCUUCUGAGUGGACCCUUCUAUGGAAUACCAACGAUUCUUCCAGAAGCAAAGCAUGCUAUUCUCUCUGUUCCUGAGGAAGCUGCCAAUUCCCAGGUUGGAUUUGAAUCCACUGCUUUCCAACUCAUGGACAUCACGGCCAGCACAAGCCAAGUCAUGGUCUCCAGGAGAGGCACAUAUGGCAGGCUCGCUGUGGCCUGGACCACUGGAUACGCUCCUGGCUCGGAAAUCCCUGAGUCUGUUGUCAUUGGCAACAUGACACCAACCCUGGGGAGCCUUACAUUUGUGCAUGGAGAACAGAGGAAGGGAGUCCUGCUGUGGACAUUUCCCAGGCCCGGCCGGCCAGAGGCAUUUGUCCUUCAUCUGUCAGGCCUGAGGAGCAGUGCUGCUGGGGGAGCUCAGCUUAGAUCAGGUUUCAUUACUGCCGAAAUUGAACCCAUGGGAGUCUUCCAAUUUUCCCCUAGUUCAAGAAAUAUCACAGUGUCAGAGGAUGCACAGACGAUCCGAAUAUGUGUGCAAAGACUGUUUGGAUUUCACAGUGACCUGAUUAAAGUCUCCUACGAGAUGACUGCAGGAAGUGCCAAGCCUCUGGAGGACUUCGAACCUGUUCAGAAGGGGGAAAUUUUUUUUCAGAGAUUCCAAGCUGAGGUUGAUUUUGAAGUAACCAUUAUUAAUGAUCAGCUUCCUGAGAUAGAUGAAACAUUUUACAUUAAUCUUACCUCGGUAGAAACUAGGGGACUAGGGAAAGGGGAUGUGAGCUGGAGACCCCGCCUAAACCCAGAUCUCAGUGUUGCAGUGGUCACCAUACUGGACAAUGACGACCUGGCUGGAGUAGCUGUUUCUCUCCCUGUGACAGCAGGGACUGUGGCAGUUGAUAGCACUCUCCUUGCCAUGGAAACUGUUUCCACCACACACCCUAACAAAAACAAGAUAACCACCAUCUCAUACACCACAGAGGUGUUUGCGCCUGUUACAGAGACAGCGGGUGUGUCUGCCACCUCCGAGAAACUUGCCACCACUCACAGUGCCAUAUCUGUGAAGCCUGACAUGGUCCUGGGAACUACUCAUGCUUCAGUCUAUGGAACCCUGAGUCUCGGACCCCCCAUCAUUUAUGUGUCAGAGGAAAUGAAGAAUAACAUCCCCAGUACGGCAGAUAUCCUUAUCCAGAGGACGGGUGGGUUCACAGGGAAUGUCAGCAUAAUGGUGAAGACUUUUGGUGGAAGAUGCGCUCAGAAGGAACCCAGCGCAUGGCCCUUUCAGGAUGUCUACGGAGUUGGCAACCUGACAUGGGCGAUCGAAGAAGAAGAUUUCGAAGAACAAAUGCUCACCCUUACCUUCCUCCAUGGGGAGAGAGAACGUAAAAUCGCAGUGCAGAUUCUGGAUGAUGACGAGCCCGAGGGGCAGGAAUUCUUCUACGUGUUUCUCACAGACCCUCAAGGGGGAGCAGAGAUUGUGAGGGGAAAGGACAGCACUGGGUUUUCAGCCUUUGCUGUUGUCAUCAUCACAGGGAGUGACCUCCAUAAUGGUAUCAUAGGCUUCAGUGAGGAGUCCCAACGAGGCUUGGAACUGAGGGAAGGAGCUGAUAAGAGCACUCAGCACCUAGUAGUCACAAGGCAACCAAACAGGGCCUUUGAAGAAGUACAGGUCUUUUGGCGAGUCACACUUAACCAAACAGCUGCCAUCCUCCAGGAGAAGGGGCUAAACCUGACAGAUGAACUCCGGUUUGUGGCAGGGGUCACAACUUGCACAGUGGGCCAAACCCGAUGCUUUAUCCACCUUGAGCUCAAUCCCAAGAAGGUACGUCAAGGUGAAAUGCCUUUCUUUGUGGAGCUGUAUGACGUCACUGCUGGGGCAGCUCUAAACAACAGUGCCAGAUUUGCUCCAAUCAAAGUUUCCAAGAGCGGUGACCCUCAGAGCCUUGUUUCCUUUUCUGUGGGUUCUCGGCUGGCAGUGGCUCACAAGAAGGCAACUUUGAUCAGUUUGCAGGUGGCCAGAGAUUCUGGGACAGGAAUGAUGAUGUCUGUUAACUUUAGUACCCAGGAGCUGAGGAGUGCUGAGUCGGUUGGUCGGGUCCUCAUAUCUCCAGCUAUUUCUGGGAAGGACUUUGUGAGGACAGAAGGCACAUUGAUCUUCGAGCCUGGACAGAGAAGUGUAGUGUUGGAUGUUGUCUUAACACCAGAGACAGGGUCUUUAAAUAAAUUUCCUAAACGCUUUCAGAUUGUGCUUUUUGACCCAAAAGGUGGUGCCAGAAUUGAUAAAGUGUAUGGGACUGCCAACAUCACUCUUGUCUCUGAUGUGGAUUCACAAGCUGUCUGGGGGCUUGAAGACCUGCUACAUCAGCCUCUUCAUGAAGAUAUUAUCAACAGAGUGCUCCACAACCUCAACCUGCGAGUUGCCACGGAGAGCACAGAUGAGCAGCUCAGUGCUGUGAUGCUCAUAAUGGAAAAGAUAAUGAUGGAAGGAAAAAAUCAAGCUUUCAGUAUCAAAAGCCGAACACUUUUGUAUGAACUCCUUUGUGUUCUAAUUAACCCAAAGCGCAAAGACACUAGAGGAUUCAGCCACUUUGUGGAGGUGGCUGAGCAUUUUGCCUUUUCUCUGCUGACUGAUGUUACCUGUGGGUCACCUGGUGAAAAAAGCAAAACCAUCCUUGACAGUUGCCCAUAUUUGUCAAUUCUGGCUCUUCACUGGCACCCUCAGCAAAUCAAUGGACACAAGUUUGAAGGGAAGGAAGGUGAUUACAUUCAAAUUCCAGAGAGGUUACUGGAUGUUCCUGAGGCAGAAAUGCCGGAUGCGAAAAGUGCAUGCACAUUAGUACAGUUUGUGGAGUACAGCAGCCAGCAGUGGUUCAUUACAGGAGACAACCUUCCUGCCUUAAAAGACAAGGUGUUGUCUUUGAAUGUGAAAGGUCAGAGUGCACAACCCCUGCCUAAGAACAAUGAGCUUCUCUACAGGAUUUAUGCAGCUGAGCCUAGAAUUGUUCCUCACACAUCUCUGUGUCUCCUCUGGAAUCAGGCUGCUGCCAGCUGGUUGUCUGACGGCCAGUUUUGCAAAGUGGUUGAAGAUGCUUUGGACUAUGUGGAAUGUGCCUGUUCACACAUGUCUAUGUAUGCUGUCUACGCCCAGACUGACAACUCAUCAUCGUAUAAUGAAGCUUUUUUCUCUGCUGGGUUGAUAUGCAUUUCAGGUCUCUGCUUGGCUGUUGUUUCACACGUGUUCUGUGCCCGACACUCCAUGUUUGCAGCUAAGCUCCUGACUCACAUGAUGGCGGCCAGCUUAGGAGCUCAGAUUUUGUUCCUGGCAUCUGCAUACGCAAGUCCCCAACUCAGCGAGGAGAGCUGUUCUGCAGUGGCUGCUGUGGCUCAUUACCUGUACCUUUGCCAGUUUAGCUGGAUGCUCAUUCAGUCUGUGAACUUCUGGUACGUACUGGUGGUGAAUGACGAGCACACGGAGAGGCGGUGCCUGCUCUUCUGCCUUCUCAGCUGGGGGCUUCCAUCUUUCGUGGUGAUUCUCCUUAUAGUUAUUUUGAGAGGAAUCUAUCAUCGAAGCAUGACUCAGAUCUAUGGACUCAUUCAUGGUGACCUAUGCUUCAUCCCAAACAUCUAUGCUGCUCUGUUCACGGCUGCUCUUGUUCCUCUAAUGUGCCUCGUGGUGGUAUUUGUGGUGUUCAUUCAUGCCUACCAGCUGAAGCCGCAGUGGAAAGGUUAUGAUGAUGUCUUCAGAGGACGGACAAACGCAGCAGAAAUUCCUCUGAUUUUAUAUCUCUUCGCCCUGAUUUCUAUGACAUGGCUUUGGGGAGGACUGCAUAUGGCCUACAGACACUUCUGGAUGCUGGUUCUCUUUGUCAUUUUCAAUAGUCUGCAGGGACUUUAUGUUUUUGUGGUUUAUUUCAUUUUACACAACCAAACGUGUUGCCCUAUGAAGGCCAGCUAUACGGUGGAAAUGAAUGGUCACCCAGGACCCAGCACAGCCUUCUUCACUCCGGGGAGCGGAAUCCCUCCAGCUGGAGAGAUUAACAAGUCUACACAGAACCUCAUCAAUGCUAUGGAAGAGGUGCCAUCUGACUGGGAGAGAUCGUCCUUCCAACAGACCGGCCAGGCAAGCCCUGAUUUAAAGACAAGUCCCCAGAAUGGUGCCUCCUUCCCUUCUUCUGGAGGAUAUGGCCAGGGGUCCCUGAUAGCCGAUGAGGAGUCCCAGGAGUUUGAUGACCUGAUAUUUGCAUUAAAAACUGGUGCUGGUCUCAGUGUCAGCGACAAUGAAUCUGGUCAAGGAAGCCAGGAGGGAGGCACCUUGACUGACUCCCAGAUUGUAGAGCUCAGACGGAUACCAAUCGCUGACACCCACCUCUGAGGAUCCCAUUAACACUCUCCAGUAGAAAGAGGACAAGUUUCCUCAUUGCCUUGGCUUUUGGACUAAACUCUGUAGGCAUUUACAGCCAUGUAGUAGAGGCCUGUACUUUGUACUGAGUGAGUAAUGCAGAAGUGAUUGUUAUGUUUGGAAUAUACAUUGCUUAGUGUUUGUGCAACUUAAUAAAAGAUCUGAUCAUUCCUGUAAGUCACAAGGAUGCACAUCGUCCAAAAAUAUUAGUUGUUUUCUAAGCAUCUGAACUUGGCUAACCUUGUUUAAUGAAAAUAAUCAUCAAUAAAAGUAUUAAAAUCCA